GCAGUGUUAUUUUAAGGAACCACCAUUUCUCUCUCCUCUAUCACACUCUCUUGCUCACUCAUGGCUUCAGCAUCGCUGCUGCAAUCAACUUCCUCUUCCUUCACCGGCGUUAGACUUCCUUUCCGGAGCUCCGUCGCUCCUCGCCUCGGAUUCUCUCCGGUAACCAUCAAAGCGGCUGCUGGUACGGCGGUUUUCGUCGACAAAUCUGAAGCGGAGACUGUUCAUCGUCUUAAGAACGUUUAUCUCGAGAAAAUCAUUCCUCUUCUUAAGGAUGAAUUCUCUUACUCCAACAUGCUUGAGGUUCCCAAGGUUGAGAAGAUAGUAGUCAACUGUGGGAUUGGGGAUGCUUCACAGAAUGCCAAGGGUUUGGAUGCUGCAAUUAGCGAGUUGGCACUUAUUACUGGGCAGAGGCCAGUAAAGACAAAGGCCAAAACAUCCAUUGCAGGGUUUAAGGUCCGAGAAGGUAUGACGCUUGGGAUAGCAGUCACGCUACGAGGAAAUCUUAUGUAUUCAUUUUUGGACCGUCUUAUCAACUUGGCUCUUCCUCGAACAAGGGAUUUCCAAGGUGUAAACCCAAAUAGCUUUGAUGGGCAUGGGAACUACAGCAUUGGGUUUCGUGAACAAAGUGUGUUUCCAGAGAUUAAACCUGAGAUUGUUGGCAAGGCUAGGGGAAUGGAUGUUUGCAUAAUAACAACAGCUAAGACGGAUAAGGAAGCCUACAAACUGCUGUCUCUUAUGGGAAUGCCGUUUAGAGAGGGUAGUGGACCGUCUACUGUUGUUCGCAAGAAGAAGUUGAAGUCUCACCACUUCGACUCAAAGUCAAGGGGUAGGAGAUAGGAAGCUAAGGGUUGUUCACGAACAUUCUUUUUAUUUUUUUUUUAUUUUUUUUUGGGCAUUUUUCAUGUGCCUACGGUUUCUGGCCUUUUGGCAUGACAUGUAACAAAAUUAUGAUGUUGUAUGAAAAUUGGAAAGUUUUUGCUAUCAAUCAAUCUUCUAUAGAGCCUGUUCACUUUUGGUA